AUGCCGGCCACGCGAAUCAGCCGAGGGGUUUUCCUCCUGGUCCUGCAGUUGCCCAAUGGCACUUUGGUAGUGCGGACGGUGGCAUCUGGUCGCACCGUCUGUGGCCGGCUGCAGAGGACGCCGCCCGAAACGACACAGAAAAGCACCAGCUCAAACGAAUAUCGGACCACGCGAAAGUUCCUGACCGAUGCCCUCGGAAUCCAUGUGAAGAGACUGCGAGAUAAAUCCGUUCCCUCAUUGCAGGCCGGUCUGGGGUGUGGCCAGCUGGGCUUUAUUGGUGCAUACCUGGACCCUCGUGACUUUGACCUCGCUGGCGCCGGCACUGAGCGGAUUCGACCCUUAGUCGUGUCUGGAGUUCAUGCAGGGCAGUUCAGAUUCGAUGGCGACACUGCCGGACCGGUGACCGAGCUGGUCAUUACCUUUGUGUACAACCACUAUCAUGGGUUUCCCGCGCACAGUCAUGGUAUUCUUAGGUAUGGCCACACGUGA